AUGGCUGGUUAUAUGCUCGAAUUCAAGCGGAACUACUCUCCAACCAUGACCCAAGAGCGGCACGAAAUGUACCCAAUCGGAGAGGUUUUUGCAGCCAAUAUAAUCGAAUCUACGAGCAACGACCGAAGCAGAGACAAUAAACCUAGAGAUAAACUGGAGCGCGAAGCAGCCCAGGUGGCCCCACCUCGUAUCAGCGAAAACUUCAGGGCUCCUGUAAACGAUACAACCAACAGAAGAUGCCAAGAGUGGACGACAGAUUUUGUGCGACGGCUAGUUGAUAAUGGUGUUAUUGCACAAACUGCCUUUGAUAUUGUCCAAGAUAAACGUGACCCGCCAGGCCACGGGAUUGUUUAG